AUGAUGACCUUCUUCCUACAGACAUUUCUUCUAGCUUGCUUCGUAGCUACUAUACAGACCAAGAUCUAUGGUCGCUGUGAGUUGGCUCAUGUGCUGAAGAAGAAUGGGAUGGAUGGAUAUGAAGGUUACAGCCUAGCCAGUUGGAUCUGCAUGGCAUUUUAUGAAACCGGCUUUGACACCAAGGCCAUUGAUCGGCACAAAGGUGGCACCAAAGACUAUGGCAUCUUCCAUAUCAACAGUGGUUCAUGGUGUAAAGAAAACAAUGCCUUAUCAACGGCCAUUUGUGACAUAGCUUGCUCAGAUGGCUUCCUCUUCCAACUGGGAGGUUCUAGCCCUCAUAAGUUUGAGCAUCUCAAGGAGUAUAAGGAAUUCAUUUUUAAUGCUAGUCUUUUAGUUCAUCUGCUGGCAAAAACAGUUAUUGGUCAUUGGUGA